AUGAGUACCAUCGUCGUCGCAGGAGGAACUCGUGGGAUCGGUCGAGCUAUUGCUGAGGCUAUCAAUCGCAAGGGUGGCUACCGCGUUAAGAUACUGAGCAGAUCUGCCAAUCCGGCCCUUCACGAGGAGACGGGCAUUGAGGUCAUUCAAGUUGACUACAACAGCGUCUCAGAGUUAACAAAGGUCUUCGACGACAACGAAGUCGACACAGUAAUCUCAACCCUGUUCGUGACUUCAGAUGGCUCUCCUCAGGUGAACAUGAUACGUGCCGCCGAAGCCUGCGUCCAUACGAGGAGAUUUAUUCCAAGCGUGUGGGGAAUUCCAUACUCAAGAGAUCAAGUAACCGAGAGGCAGAUGACUAUCGGUCAAUCGAAGCUCGAUGCAGUGGAAGACCUCGAAAAUUCCUCUCUGGAGUACACUUUGUAUUACGUCGGCUACUUCCUAGACUUUUGGGGAUACCCACGGGUUAAAACAUACCAGAUACAAAAUAUUAUCGUCGUCGACAUCGAGAACAACCGGGCCGCCAUUCCUGGCAAAGGUGAUACCCCCGUUACCUUCACGCAUACCUUAGAUGUCGCGGAAUUUGUGGUAGCAAGCUUAGGGCUCCCCAAGUGGGAAAGGGAGAGCUAUGUUAUCGGCGAGAAUGUGACUUGGAACGAGUUUCUGCGAAUCGCGGAGGAGGUCAAAGGCGUCAAGUUUGAAGUUACCUACGACGAUAUCGACUUUCUCAAAUCUGGGAAGAUCACCGAGUUGCCAUCUCAUCCAUCCCUGUACGGUGUGAUGCCAAAAGAUCAACUUCAGGCACUUUUCGCCACCUUUGGUAUCUGGUUUGAAGAAGGGCUGUAUCAUCUGGAGCCGGGAACAACUCUCAAUCAGUUGUUUCCAGGUAUCAAGGCGCGAACUGUCAAAGAAGUCAUCCAGGCCGGGUGGGGUCAGAAGAGCUGA